AUGGAGUUGAAUGAGCAGGAACUGCAAACACGCGGCUAUGUAAAGAAACACAGGCUCAAUGAGCUGUUCGCACAUUUCCUUCAGUUACUCAUUUACAACAAACCAGCAGAUCCCCGUUUGUUUCUUCAGCAGGAAAUCAGAAGUUUACUCAAAGGCAACCCACUGACACCUCUCUUUACGGAACAGGAUUUCGAGACGAUGUUUGAUCUUAUUGAUGUCACUAAGCAGCGGUGGGUAACUGUAACACAGUUGCGCAAUACAUGUAGAAACUUAGCAACAGCGGAGGGAGAAGAGGGAUUAGGAAUUCCACCUGCACAAGAGGAGGCUAUUGAAAAGGCGGCUGAUGCUGAGGGACGCGUGACACUUGAGAAGUUCAAAGAAGUGUUGGCAAUGCAGCUUCACACGGCAAGUGUUGCCAAGGAAAAUUGA